AUGGAUAAAAAAAACGGUAAUUCGAAGGAUGAAUGGGGAGCUGAAGUUGGCUCUCACAUCCAGCGAGUCUCUAUGAAUAAUCUAAUCAUGAACUAUUUAGUCACAGAAGGGUUUAAGGAAGCUGCUGAAAAAUUUCAACAAGAAUCUGGGGUAGGUCCAACCAUUGAAUUGAAUUCUAUGGAUGACAGAAUUCGUAUAAGAGAUGCAGUUCAAAAUGGACGUAUUCAAGAAGCAACAGAUUUAGUUAAUCAGCUUCAUCCAGAGCUACUUGAUAACGACAGAUACUUAUAUUUCCAUCUACAGCAACUUCAUUUAAUAGAAUUAAUACGUACUGGGCGAAUUGAAGAGGCAUUGCAAUUUGCUCAGGAACAAUUGAGUGAAGCUGGAGAAUCAGAUGACAAUAUUUUGAGUGAAUUGGAAAGAACUCUUGCGUUAUUAGCUUUUGAAGAACCUCAUAACAGUCCUUUUAGUGAUUUAUUGCAUCCGUCUCAUCGACAAAAGAUUGCGAGUGAAUUGAAUACAGCUAUUUUGAAAAUGGAGCACAGAGAAUCAACUAACCCCAGACUAAACAAUUUAUUAAAAAUGAUUUUAUGGGCGCAAGAUGAAUUAGAUAAGAAAAAAGUUAAAUAUCCAAAAAUGACAGAUUUAGGGAGCGCAACUAUUGAAAGUCCCAAGUAA